GGGAGAAAAUGGUUUCAUAAUCCAAAAAGAGGGGAAGGGUAUGAAGGGAGUUUCUGGUCCAAUAACAAGAAUCCUGAAUUCCAUUCGGGAUGAGCACAUCAUCCACUGUUUAUUACUCUAUGUGCGGUUGAUUUUACGGAUGCGCAACGCUUUACAUAUCAAACACUCCAACAAGAUUCCAUCGUCAUGCGCCUACACAAAGUCUAUCACCGGUUCUCUCUCUUUUCCCUCACUUCACCCCCUUUUCUUCCUCAUCCAUCUUCAACCCUCUUCUCUUCUUAUUCCCCAUCUUUUCUCUCUUCCAAACGCUGUCGAAUUUCAUCAUCAACACCGCCUUCCACCCUCAACCCUUUUCUUCAAACCAUGUCUACCUCACGAUUACACAAUCUUGUCCCUCUUGCCGCAAUCGCUACCGAAGACGCUGCUGGUCCUAAUGGGUCAACAGCUACGCCUGAAGAUGAUGAAUUAAACAGUGGAUACCGUCUUCCUCCAGCAGAGAUCAGAGAUAUUGUUGAUGCUCCACCACUUCCAGCUUUAUCAUUUUCUCCACAGAGAGAUAAAAUAUUGUUCUUAAAGCGAAGAUCUUUACCUCCAUUGUCAGAGCUGGCGAAACCAGAGGACAAGCUUGCAGGCGUUCGUAUUGAUGGGAAAUCUAAUACCCGCAGCAGGAUGUCAUUCUAUACUGGUAUCGGGAUCCAUGAUUUAAGGGAUGAUGGCACAUUAGGCCCGGAAAAAUUGAUCCAUGGCUUUCCAGAUGGAUCUAAACUCAAUUUUGUUACAUGGUCAACUGAUGGUCGUCAUUUAGCCUUCAGCAUCCGGCAAGAUCAGGAGGAAGAGGAUGAUGUUGGCAGCAAGCUGAGAGUUUGGGUUGCUGAUGUGGAGACAGGAAAAGCUAAACCCUUGUUUCAGUCACCGGAUGUGUUCCUGAAUGCAAUCUUUGACAAUUAUGUGUGGGUGAAUGAUUCGACUCUGUUGGUUUGUACAAUCCCAGCAUCCAGAGGAAAGCCACCAAAGAAACCGUUGGUCCCCUCUGGUCCUAAGAUCCAAUCCAAUGAGCAGAAAACUGUUGUUCAAGUUCGAACCUUCCAAGAUCUUCUUAAAGAUGAAUACGAUGAAGAUCUGUUUGAGUAUUAUGCCACCUCACAGCUUCUUUUGGUUUCUUUAGAUGGGAGUGUGAAAUUAUUUGGGGAGCCAGCUCUGUACACAUCACUUGAUCCCUCCCCUGAUCAGAAAUACAUUUUACUUACUUCCCUCCAUAGACCCUUCUCUUUUACUGUCCCUUGUGGAAGAUUUCCCAAAAGGAUUGAUCUCUGGUCUGCUGCUGAUGGAAAGUUUUUGAGGACUCUUUGUGAUCUGCCUGUUGCUGAGGACAUCCCAAUUGCUUUCAACAGUGUCCGGAAAGGCAUGCGCUCCUUGAACUGGAGGGCAGAUAAACCUUCAACUCUCUACUGGGUGGAGACACAAGAUGGAGGUGAUGCCAAAGUAGAAGUUUCUCCUCGUGACAUAGUCUACACACAGGCUGCUGAAGGUGAAGACCACCCAAGCAUCUUUCAUAAGCUUGAUCUUCGCUAUGGAGGAAUAAGCUGGUGUGAUGAUUCGCUUGCAUUGAUAUAUGAAUCAUGGUACAAAACACGACGUGUAAGAACCUGGUUGGUCUCCCCUGGUAAAUCAUCCAAUGAGAAUCCUCCAGCCCCACGUCUGUUGUUUGAUAGAUCAUCUGAAGAUGUGUACUCUGACCCUGGUUCUCCCAUGCUGAGGAGAACUCCUGAUGGGACUUAUGUUAUUGCCAAGUUCAAGAAGGAGGAUAAACAAGCCACAUACCUGUUGCUAAACGGAAAUGGUGCUACCCCAGAAGGAAACAUACCUUUUCUAGAUCUGUUUGACAUAGAUACGGGUGAAAAGGAGAGAAUAUGGCACAGCGACAAGGAGAAGUAUUAUGAGAGUGUGGUGGCUCUGAUGUCGGACCAGAAGGAAGGGGAGUUGCAGGUGAAUGAGCUGAAGGUCCUGACUUCCAAAGAGUCUAAGACUGAAAACACACAGUAUUACAUACAAAGAUGGCCAGAGAGGAAAGCAUGCCAAAUCACAAGGUUCCCACAUCCAUACCCUCAAUUGGCUUCAUUACAGAAGGAAAUGGUGAGGUACGAGAGAAAGGAUGGAGUCCAACUGACUGCAACUUUAUACCUGCCACCCGGGUAUGACCCCACACGAGACGGGCCUCUGCCUUGUCUGGUGUGGUCGUAUCCCGGAGAGUUUAAAAACAAAGAAGCAGCUGGACAGGUUCGUGGCUCUCCUAAUGAGUUUGCAGGCAUAGGCCCAACAUCACCACUGCUUUGGCUCGCAAGGAGGUUUGCUGUAUUAUCCGGGCCAACAAUUCCCAUCAUCGGUGAGGGAAAGGAAGAAGCAAAUGAUAGGUAUGUUGAGCAGCUUGUUGCCAGUGCAGAGGCAGCAGUGGAGGAAGUCAUCCGCCGUGGGGUGGCUCAUCCAGGAAAAAUUGCAAUCGGGGGACAUUCUUACGGGGCGUUUAUGACAGCAAAUCUGUUGGCACAUGCCCCUCAUCUUUUCAGUUGUGGCAUUGCUCGCUCAGGAGCUUACAAUAGAACACUUACACCAUUUGGGUUUCAGAAUGAGGAUAGAACACUCUGGGAAGCCACUGAUACUUACAUCAAGAUGAGUCCUUUCAUGUCUGCCGAUAAGAUUAAGAAGCCCAUCCUGCUUAUCCAUGGAGAAGAAGACAACAACUCAGGAACACUGACAAUGCAGUCGGAUCGUUUCUUCAAUGCGUUGAAGGGGCAUGGGGCACUAUCUCGCCUAGUCGUUCUACCAAAUUUUGUGUUUCCAACUCCUGUGAAGAAAAAGAAGGUGCUGAUGAAACCAAAGCAACUGUUGCCUCUGGUGGUGGUGAGAUUGAAGACAUUGGAGUUGAUACUCUUCAUUACAAUACAAGAUCAUCACUUUGACCUCUCUGGUUUGGGUCGGAGCUGACAGUGUCCAUUGUUAUUUGAAGAAAAUUGUUGGCAUGCCAUUUAGCUCUUAACAAAAACAUGAUAUGGCUGACAAUUCUUCUGCUUGAUGCUGUACAAGAUGUGAAGGGAAGGCUACUGUUGUAUAAUCAAUCCAUCAUAAAACAAAAACCAACUUUGUAAUAAUGUAUGUAUUUCAUAUUCUUUUGGCAAUGUGGAUUUUAUCUACAUUGUUGGAUGCAAAGAUUCAAAAAGUUCAUCCAGUUGAUCCAGUCCCAUGAUCAAAUAGGUACUAGGGGUCCGGUUGCUCAUCCGGAGCUCAAAUAGGUAAGGACAUGCCAAAGCCUAGGUCCGAAGUAACAAAGCCCAUGUUAAUACAAGGCCACAUGCAUUAUAGAUAUAACUAGAAGCUGCUAGUCCUCGCGUUGCAUUGACACAGACGGGUUCAUCCAUCUUUUAUUUUAUUACAAGG